GCUAAUUUUCUUCACCAUCUCUUUCAUUUGUUGAUUUUUAUUCUUAAUUUCUUGUAUUUUCUUAUCUGUCUACUUCAUUCCUUCUAAGACUUCUGUUAAUUUUUUCUUUAUUUCUUCAUUUUCUUUUUCAUUUUUUUCAUUGUGUUUUCUAAUUUUUCUAAUUUCCCAUCAAUUGUGUUGAUUUUUUCUUCCAACUCUUUUCUCAAUCUUCCCACGUCCAAUUUCAAACUAAUAAUAAGCUCCUUCAAAUCCAUUUCUUCAAGGCCUGAGUUUCUUCUUAGUUGUUGCUGUUGACUUCCAGUUCCAGUCAUCUGUUUUUUAAUUGCAUGAGACAUUUUGCGUUCUCUUUUUCAACCACCAGAUGUCCUUCUAUUACUUCAAUUUUCCUUUAUUACUGCUUUUCCUACUUUGUCCACUGUGUUCUUAUUUACUCAGUUUGCCAGCUUCUGCCCUCCUUUAAUCCUCUCUUUUACUAUUUUGUCUUCAUCACUUCCUCCUCCUUCCUCCUUCUUGAUAAUUACUCAGCUUCUUCAGGCCCUCGAUGCCAUCUUAUCUGUUAAAUUCCCCUCCUUUCCCCCACAGCGUUCCUUAUUCCUUUGCCCUUAUCUUUCCUUCAAGGACAUUCAGCUUCAAAGCAGCUGCUUCACUCCACCCAGCUCCAAUAACAGGCAGCCUGCACUGCUUUGCACUUUGUAGUGCAUUAGCCAAGAACACAGGUGUGGCUGCUCUAGUGGGAUCAGAUUCGGGUUUCCCUCAACAGACAGCAGACCAAUCUGCAAAAGGAACACCUAGGUGGGUUUGAAGAUGCUGCUGCAGCUGCUCUCUGUCCUCUGGGAGGCCUUGUCCCUGCAGGUCAUUCUGGUGUUUCUGGCUACAUUUCUACUUGUUGCUGAUUACAAGAAACAGAUUCGCCCAAGGAAUUACCCCCCAGGACCCAUGCUUCUUCCUUUGCUGGGUAAUAUGCUACAUGUGGAUUUCAAGAAGCCUCACAUUUCAUUACAAAAGCUUACAGAAAAAUACGGCAAUGUCUACAGUCUUCAGGUUGGAAGCAUGAGGUUUGUGGUUGUGAAUGGAUUGCAUCUGGUGAAAGAGGCUCUUGUCCAUCAGGGUGAAAACUUUGUAGAUCGACCAAGUAGUCCUGGUAUCCAGGGAAUAUAUGGGUCAUCUGGGCUGGUCUUCUCUAAUGGUCUCAUCUGGAAACAACAAAGACGAUUUGCCUUAUCAACACUCAGAAACUUUGGUAUGGGCAAAAGGUCUUUAGAAGAAAGAAUACAGGAGGAAAGCCGUUACUUAAACGAAGCAAUAGAAGCUGAAAAAGGGCAGCCAUUUGACCCUCAAUCUCAGAUUAAUAAUGCUGUUUCAAAUAUCAUCUGUUCCAUCACUUUUGGGGACCGCUUUGAUUACCAUGACAGCCGUUUCCAUAAGUUAUUGCACUUGCUUGAUGAGGCGUGCCAUAUUCAGGGAAGUUUUUGGAGUGUGCUGUAUGAUGUAUUUCCUACUGUUAUGAAGCACUUGCCAGGGCCCCAUCAGACACUUUUUAAAAAAUGGGGGCAGGUGAAAUCCUUUGUGAGAGAAAUCAUUGAAAAACACAAAGAAGACUGGAACCCAUCUGAACCCAGAGACUUCAUUGACGCCUACCUAAAUGAAAUGGCCAAGGUGAGAGAUGAAAAGGAGGAUGCCCCUUCCAGUUUCCAUGAAGAAAGCCUCCUACAAUCAACACUGGAUCUGUUUUCUUCUGGAACAGAAUCAACUUCUACAACCCUGCGCUGGGCUCUGCUGUACAUGGCCAUAUACCCAGAAAUUCAAGCAAAAGUCCAAGCAGAAAUAGAUUCUGUGAUUGGCCAGUCUCGCCAGCCAGCAGUGGAUGACAGGGACAGCAUGCCGUAUACCAAUGCGGUUGUUCAUGAAAUUCAAAGAAUAAGCAACAUUGUGCCUGCGAAUUCGCCCCGGAUGACAACUAAGGACACUACACUCGCUGGGUUUCAUAUUCCCAAAGGAACCAUAAUGUUCGCCAAUUUGACCUCUGUGCUGUUUGACAAGGAUGAGUGGGAAACACCUAAUGAGUUUAAUCCUGGCCAUUUCCUGGAAAAUGAUCAGUUCAUGAAAAGGGAAGCGUUCUUGCCAUUCUCUGCAGGAAAGCGAGCUUGUUUGGGAGAGCAGUUGGCGAGGACCGAGCUCUUUCUUUUCUUCACUGCCCUAAUUCAGAAAUUCACUUUCCAGGCUCCAAAGAAUGAGACAUUAAGCCGUGAAUUUAGGGUGGGUCUGGUAUUGUCUCCCCUACCAUACAGGAUAUGCGCAUUCUCUCGCUAAGGGACCCAUCUUAUAGCAUUGCCAUUUCUUUAAAAAGUUGGAUUAGUUUGUGGGGCAGAAACACGCCUGUGGCUUAAUACAAAAUAUGUUAAGCCAGAAUUGAUUAGGACUUCACCCAAGUAAGCAGGUUAGGAUUGCAGCCUGUACCUUUAAAAAAAGUGCAUUCAAUUCACAUUUCCCCCCUCAAGGAAUUCAGGCAACUAUAACUUAAGGCUGCUGGGAAUUGUAGCUCUCUGAAGGGUAAACUACAUUUCCCAUGAUUCUCGGGGGCGUGUAUGAAUGCAAAUAAUAUUGUUUCAUUGUUGAGGACCCAAAUUCUAUUUUUUUAAAAGAUAUUUAUUAGAAUUUUCAAAAAAUUUAUGACAUUAAAACAACAACAAAAA